UCACCAACAUAUACAUCACACCGUUAGGGUUUUAGCCAAUUCUCUUCAGUUGGAACGGAAGGGGAGAGAGACGAGCCGAAAUCCUCUGUCGCUAGGGUUAUAUUUAGGAAUUAGGGUUCGUCAAGGGUGGUGGAGUGAAGCGAAAAUGGUCGCGGACAAGAACAAGAAGGCAAAAACAGAGGAGAAGCCCCAAGAGGAUAACGCUGAGCAAAUCGACGGAGAGCUUGUUCUCUCCAUUGAAAAGCUUCAGGAGAUUCAAGAUGAGCUCGAGAAGAUAAAUGAAAAGGCUAGUGAUGAGGUCUUGGAAGUGGAGCAGAAAUAUAACGAGAUACGCAAACCUGUUUAUGACCAACGCAAUGAAAUUAUCAAAUCGAUCCCGGACUUCUGGCUAACUGCUUUCCUGAGUCACCCUGCUUUAGGCGAACUAUUGACAGAAGAGGACCAAAAGAUAUUUAAGCAUUUAAGCUCUUUGGAGGUAGAGGAUGCCAAAGAUGUCAAAUCUGGAUACUCUAUAACUUUUCAUUUUAAUUCCAACCCCUAUUUUGAGAACGCCAAACUUACGAAGACGUUUACCUUCCUUGAAGAAGGAGCGACGAAAAUCACAGUGACACCAAUCAAUUGGAAGGAAGGCAAGGGCUUACCGAAUGGAGUUAAUCAUGAGAAGAAAGGGAACAAACGUGCCUUAGCCGAGGAGAGCUUCUUUACCUGGUUUACUGAUGCUUCACCCAAGGAGGAUGCCGAUGAUGAGAUUCAUGAUGAGGUUGCAGACAUCAUCAAGGAAGAUUUGUGGCCCAAUCCCCUCACCUACUUCAAUAAUGAAGAGGAUUUUGAUGGAGAUGAGGAUGGUGAUGAAGAGGGAAAGGAAGAUGACUCGGAUGAUGAUGAUGACGAAGAAGAUGAGGAUGGUGAUGAAUGAUGGGAGACCCAUAUUAUCACAAUGCGCUUUCAUGCUUCGAUAACAGAUGUGUAAAGUUGAUGUUAUGAAGGAUUAAUUUACCGAUGCUAUCGCGACGAAGCAUCUCUAUCUUUCCGAAUACUUAGUAUCUACCGAAAUUAGCUACAGCUUCUUGUAUGAACCAUUUAGCCAUGUUAGCCAAUCCUUCCAUGGCUUCGGCUUUGACAUAAUUACACCAUUUCCUAAAAAGGGUUUGUCUUUUUUGCUGC